AUGUUUAUAACACAGAGUUUUUAUCGGUUUACUGAGGAACACAUGAUGGUUUGUUUGUUAAGAUUUUAUUUUGUGAUUUAUCUAGUCGAUGGAACUACAGGUUGUUUAACAAAUUUCUGUAAGUGCAGCCAAAAUAGCUUAAAGACAUCGUGUUUUUCAUUAACAUACAUUCCAAAAAUUCCAGAAUAUUCUCUUACACUACUGCUGAAGUCAAAUACCUUCUUCAAUCUGGACAAGGAUACGUUUUAUAAUGUAACCGAUAAUGAUAUCAGACAUUUCUUACUGCAAGAUAAUAGGAUUAUGAUGGUAGCAAAUGACACGUUCAAAUCUCUGAAUACCAUGAUAACACUUGAAAUUUCAUAUGAAAAGAAACUUAAUUUAUCGACCCUUGAAACAUCAUUUCGGAGCGUAAAUGUGUCUACCAUUGAAAAAUUGAGAUUCGAAAACAAUGGAUGGGAAAAAAUUCCAAACACUCUUUUCAAAUAUUUAGCUGGAGCUAAUAUUUCUAAACUGUCUUUGAACUCCAAUAUUCUUUUGACUUUUGAUGCAACUUUAUUAGAGCCUUUUAAUCAAGUUGGAAAAAUCACAUGCACAGGGAAUAGAAUUGAACAUUUGAUAAUAACGAAUGGUUUCCAAACAGUUGAAGAAUUGGAUCUAACUGCAAAUCAAAUUGUCAUUAUUCCGAAUUUUUGUUCCAAAAAUGAUUCAACUGUUGCUCCAAAUCUUAAAAAGUUGACUUUAUCUGACAAUGCUAUAAGGUCGCUUUCUUCUAGAUCCUUCAGGUGUUUGAAUAAUUUGCGGGAGUUAAAACUGAACACCAAUAGAAUAAUUGAGAUCAGCAAUGAUAUAUUUUUACCAUUGAUAAGUCUAGAAAGGCUUUCACUAAGUUUUAUGAAACUGAGAAAACUUAAAAGUCGUGCUUUCAACUGUGUUUCUUUGCAAAAGUUACAAUUUAUACAGAAUGACUUCAAGUUUACCGACUUGGAUAGAUUUGAUUCAAAAUUGGUUUUCCGAUUUUUGCAGAACCUCACUUACCUCGAUUUGACGAGGAACUAUUUGCCAAAAAAUGAAUCUAUUUUUCUCCAAAUGUUUGCACCUUUGAACAAUUUACGGAAUUUAAUUUUGCAAAAGACCUUUUCGUCAACCAUGCCAGACAUGUUUUUCCAAAACAAACCUUUUCUUCAUACUUUAAUAUUACAAGGAAAUAGUAUAAGCAAAUGGAAUCCAAUACUUUUCCAUAAUGUAACAUCUCUCAAAGUUUUAAAUUUAAAUGGAAAUUCAAUCAAUCUUAUCAAUAAAACUUCAAUUCCCGAGAAUCUUCUUGCAUCUCUGAAAAGUUUAGACUUAUCGUACAAUCCAUUUUGGUGUAUUUGCAGUAAUAAAUGGUUUGUAGAUCACCUCCGUGCUUCCAACUUAUCUUCAAAACUGGUAAAGUGGCCUGACAACUACAUGUGUUCCUUUCCAGAGGAACUGAAGGACGUUAAAAUAGUUGAAUACAUGCCAACCAAAGAGUCGUGCAAAGACUCAGAUCCUACUAACAUUUUUAUUGGGUCUGUUUUAUUCUGUGCUUUAUUGAUUGUUUUAAUAGGAAGUGUGACUUUAAAAUGUCAAAACAAUAUUCGUAAUGCGUUAUACCUCUAUCACCUUCAUCGACGUCGACAGCGUAGAUCUAGAUCUGUUCGAUCAGAUUUACCAGGAACUUACGAAUUUGAUGUUUAUGUUGUUUACUGCGAGAAAGAUCGUAAAUGGGUCCACGAUGUUCUUUUGAAACGCCUUGAAAACGAAGGAUUUAAAGUCUGUAUACAUCUAAGAGAUUUUACGGUGGGCGAAUAUAUUGUUGACGAUAUUGAAAAGUUUAUGAAUAAAAGCUGGAAAUUUAUAGUAAUUAUGUCAAAUAACUUUGCUAGAAGUGAAUUGAAUCAGUGGGAAGUUAAUCUUGUCCAAGAAAGGAGACGCCGACGAGGAAAAAAUGCGAUGGUUCUGAUAAUGGUAAAACAGAUUGACUCCAAACAUAUGACAAGUGCCCUUCGUACAUUACUUUAUACAACGCCAUAUUUAUCGCACACAAAAGGAAUAGGAAAACGAUUAUUCUGGACUGCAGUGAUCAGCGGUGUUAAAAAUUCGUAUGACAACCCUCCUGUUGCAGUUUCUUUCAAUUCAUAAUUUUUCAACAUAUUUACAGUUAAACUUUGUUAUAAAAUUCUUACUAUUCUUUG